AGCAGGGCAGGCUGGAGGCUCGUUAGGAGGCGUGGAGUCGAGCGCGCGCGCUGCUUACAGUAAGCUGGCUGUAGAGGAAUCCAGGUUGUGCAAGUCUCUUGCAUCUCGUUUGAUAACCCAGUCAGCCAUAAAGACAUUUCAAGAUCUUCCUUGCCUGCAUCAGUAAGUUGCUGAAUGUCUGUCUGGUGGCCAGGGAUGGCGACGGCAGCAGCAAAUGAGAAACCAGUGCAGCAGCACUUGUACUUCUCGAGCUGUGGUGAGGAGGACAGUAGUGACAGCAGUGUGGAAGACUGGGCCUCCACAAGUGUGUUCUUAAGAAGUCCAUCCUCUGCCUGCCAAACUCCAAGAGUGCAGCGCCACCGCCCCAGGAGUAAUGCCAUCUCGCCAACUGUGCCCAUCUCCCCAAUACCUUAUGCUGCCUGGAGGAAGCUGAGGCUCUGUGAUUCCCCCAAUACACCGAAGAGUUUGCUGUCCAAGUCAGCACUGCCUUACUCGAAUGGCAAGCCAUGUCGCAGCCAGAAAGUGUUCUGCCGGCCUGCCCAAGCACCCUCUGUCAAUGUUAACCCUUUCACGCCAGACACCGUGCAGAGAAACAGUGUGCACUAUAAGAGGAAGAACUGCAGAAGUGAUGAUGGACACCGGUCAAAGGAAACUCAAACUUCAUCAGAAGAUGAGGGCUAUUUUCUUCCCUCAAAGAGACCAGCAGUGCCAGCCCUCAUGCUAUCACGUUAUGAGAGCGAGUUCCUGGAACUGGGCCGGAUUGGCGUGGGCGAGUUUGGUGCGGUGUAUUGCUGUCUGAAGAGGCUGGAUGGCUGCAUGUAUGCCAUUAAACGUUUGCGCAGGCCACUUGCUGGUUCUGCCAAUGAGCAGCUGGCCUUAAAAGAGGUAUAUGCCCAUGCUGUGUUGGGACAUCACCCACAUGUUGUGCGCUACUACUCUGCUUGGGCAGAAGAUGAUCAUAUGAUUAUUCAAAAUGAGUACUGUGAUGGUGGGAGCCUCCAUGAUCUUAUAUCGGAGAAAGGAGAACAGGGUGAGUUCUUUCAGGAGCCAGAGUUGAGGGAUUUGCUGCUUCAGGUCUCGAUGGGACUCAAAUACAUCCAUGCGUCAGGGCUUGUGCAUCUAGAUGUCAAACCCAGUAACAUAUUCAUAAGCUAUCAGCCUAGCUCCAGUACUAGUGGUGUAGGAGACAGCGAAGAGGAAGAUGAUGGGAACACAUCAGGGGUAGUCUACAAAAUUGGGGAUCUUGGUCAUGUGACCUCCAUCGCAAGUCCUCAGGUGGAGGAGGGGGACAGCCGCUUCCUAGCAUGUGAAGUUUUGCAAGAGGACUACACACACCUACCCAAGGCGGAUAUCUUUGCCCUGAGCCUGACGGUGCUGGUAGCAGCUGGUGCUCCACCACUGCCUCAGAAUGGAGAUGAGUGGCACCACCUCAGGCAGGGUCACUUGCCCAGCCUGCCCCAUGAAUUAAUGCCAGCUUUCAGAAGUCUUCUACAGACUAUGCUGGACCCUGAUCCUACUAUGAGGCCAUCUGCGCCUGCAUUGUGCAGGCACCCAGUGCUGCGCAAGGAGAGAGCUGGAAAGCUGGCAGCACAGCUGCGCAGAGAGCUCAAUGUGGAGAAGUUCAGGACAGCAAUGCUGGAAAGGGAACUCCAGGAGGCUCGGCUAGCUGCUGUCUCACCUCAGCAACCUGCUCACGCUGUAGGAUGCACAACCUUACACUCAGGCUCACAUCCUGGACCAGGACGGAAGCUGGUGGGACGAAACACUACUCGAUCCAUGAGCUUUGGUUGCCUGGGACACUGAACACAUGCUUAAUGGGUGUAACUGGUCUGGAGAUGCUUUGGUGGCUUUUCACCAUAAUGUGAGGAUGUGAAUUUCUCCAGAUUGUUACUCAUUUCAGUGGAAGUCUGUGCUUUUUAGUGACAUAAGUGAAUUUUAUCCUUGUAAAUAAAGAUUUUAAAUGCCUUAA